GAGAGGACAUGCGUACCAAUCAGAGCGCUCGUUUCACGGCCAGCUAAUGAAGAGCGCGCUUCUUAUCGCGCCUGCAACUCUCACGGCCGCCAUGAUGAUUGUUUGCCAUCAGUAAGAAGAGCAGCGGAUUAGAAACAAAGGAAACGCGCACUCGUCUUUGUGAACUGGUAUGAUCUUACAGUAUUACAGGGAUGCCCAAGGAAAAAUAUGAUCCACCUGACCCGAGGCGGAUGUACACUAUAAUGUCCAGUGAGGAGGCAGCCAAUGGAAAGAAGUCCUAUUGGGCUGAGCUGGAGAUUGUUGGUAAAGUGAGGAGUUUGAGUACAGCAUUAUGGUCCCUCACCCACCUCACUGCUCUUCAUAUCAGUGAUAACUCUCUCUCACGAAUCCCACCCGACAUUGCCAAACUACACAACUUGGUGUACCUGGACCUCUCCUCCAAUAAGAUCAGGAGCCUGCCUGCCGAACUAGGCAACAUGGUAUCUCUCAGGGAACUGCUUUUAAAUAACAACCAGUUACGAGUUCUGCCUUUUGAGCUUGGAAAACUCUUUCAGUUACAAACAUUGGGUCUGAAAGGAAACCCUCUUGCACAAGAAAUCUUAAACCUCUACCAAGAGCCUGAUGGGACACGUCGGCUCCUCAACUACCUGCUGGACAAUCUCGCAGGCACAAAACGUGUAUCUAUAGAACAGCCACCACCUCGCUCGUGGAUACCACUGCAGGAGCCAGAAAGGACACGGCCAGCAGCACUGUUCUCUGUAAUGUGCUACAACGUGCUGUGUGACAAGUAUGCCACACGUCAGCUCUAUGGCUACUGUCCCUCUUGGGCCCUCAACUGGGAAUACAGGAAGAAGUCCAUCAUGCAGGAGAUCCUCAGCUGCAGUGCAGACAUCAUCAGCUUACAGGAAGUGGAGACCGAGCAGUACUACAACUACUUCCUGGUGGAGCUGAAGGAACAUGGUUACGAAGGAUUCUUCAGCCCUAAGUCCCGAGCCAGGACUAUGUCUGAGUCUGACCGCAAACAUGUGGACGGCUGUGCGGUCUUCUACAAAACAGAGAAGUUCAGUCUGGUGCAGAAACACACAGUGGAGUUUAAUCAGCUUGCAAUGGCAAACUCAGAGGGCUCGGAGGCCAUGUUGAACAGGGUGAUGACCAAGGACAACAUCGGAGUUGCCGUACUACUAGAGCUACGGAAAGAGAUGAUGGAGCAGUCUGCUUGGAAGCCACUGCAUGGGAUGGAGAAACAGCUCCUCCUGGUGGCCAAUGCUCAUAUGCACUGGGACCCUGAGUACUCAGAUGUGAAGCUAGUACAGACCAUGAUGUUCCUCUCUGAGGUGAAGAACAUCGUGGACAAGGCCACUCGCAGUCUCAAGCUGUCCUCUAUCUCUGGAGAAACCAAUGCCAUCCCUCUCGUCCUGUGUGCUGACCUCAACUCUUUACCUGACUCGGGUGUGGUGGAGUACCUAAGCACAGGUGGUGUGGACAGCACCCACAAGGACUUCAAAGAACUGCGAUAUAUUGACAGCUUGACCAACUUCAACUGCAACGGCAAGAACGGCACCUCCAGCACCCGGAUCACACAUGGAUUCAAACUGAAGAGUGCUUAUGAGAACAGCCUGAUGCCUUACACCAACUACACCUUUGAAUUUAAGGGCAUCAUUGACUACAUCUUCUACUCUCAACCUUUGCUCAACGUGCUGGGCGUACUGGGUCCACUGGACCACCACUGGCUCCAUGAGAACAAUAUCUCUGGCUGCCCCCAUCCCCACAUCCCAUCUGAUCACUUUUCCCUGUUUGCACAAAUGGAGCUACUCCUGCCCUACCCACCUGCUGUCAACGGCAUCCAUCUGCCUGUUCGCAGGUAGUUCUCAGAGCCAGCAGGUGGAGCUCCAGCCCGUGCCUCGUUUUGCUUUGGCAUGAGAGAGAACGAGGCAGGAGCUGUUAUGUAUAAAUCUGAAUCCAUUAAGAGAAGGGGUAUGGCAAACUUUUAUUCCCAUGGAUUUUAACCGAAGCAGACAUCAAUGUCAGUUUUAUCUAUACUACAUCCUAAAUUUUGUUUUGUUUCCUUUUGGUUUUCCCCUUCCGUUUUUUGGUUGAAAUUGUUCAUUUUCAAACUGUAUAAUGCACCCAAGGGCCCUGAGUGAUCAUGUGAGUUUUACCUUGAGACAAAGUCAAAGCUUUUUUAUAAAUAUAUGGCAAUAUCUUUGAAAUACAUGCAGGGAGUCCAGAUCAAGCAAGUUAUCAUGAAAUUAAUCCUUUGGUUCAUGCUAUUUAUGAGACCAGUUAGGAGUGAGCAGCUGCAUUUGGAAAAAAAAAGUAUUUCACCAGCUCGGCUCAAGUCCCUUAAUAUAAGGGCUUUUAAUGUAUAAAGAGAGCAGGUCAAACUCUCAUACUUGCACUCAGUGAUGCUGUGGCCUCUCUACAGGCGUUAUGCCUCACCCUCUAGCUGAACACACACAUUGGACCAGGACUAUCUCAACGGAUGUCUCCAUAGGAUGCCAGUCGUACCAUGUGCAAUUGAUAGUUUUAUUUGUAUUAAUUAUUUUAAGAAAGCAACAUUUCAGUUAGCCAAUAAAUGGCCCACUUAUGAAGUUGUCAAGCUUCAUGUACCAUAGUGCCCUCACUGAGCUGUGGUGCCCACACAUCUGGUGUGUACAGCAGAGAGAAGUAAAGAGAAAUAACCUGGAAUGGGCAGAUGUGUUUGUGGCAGUGACUGUAGCUUUUGUACCUGGAGUGCUGUUCCCAAACCUGUUGAGUUUGCUAGAAGAUCAUGUUAAGACACAGAAGUAAGGGUGGAAUAUGCAAGCACAGGCGAAGACAAGCACAUCCAACUCAUAAAUGGAUCAAUUAACCCCUCAAUGUGGCCAGUAGAUUUCUCACCCAAUGAAGACUAGUUAGAUGCUUAUUUUGUUUUUGUUCUUUUUUUUUUUUUUUCCUCUCUACAUGAUUGUAUACAAGCAACAUAAGUCCUUAUCUACUGCAUUUGUUUCUUUUUGUAAGUACACAGUUUAGAUUUGAAUGAAAAUGAUUGUAUUGUAAAUGAAAGCAAAAUUUUUAUCCGUUUUAGAUGAUCAUCCUGAUGAACAUUCAAAAGACCAGCGUGUUUAAGAUCUUUUUUUUUUUUUUCAGGUUUCUGCUGUGUAAAAUUGCACUUGUCAAGGUUUUCCCCAAUGUACCAGUUUAUAUUUUUCUUAUAUCCUUCUUUUUUGUUUUUUUUUAUUUCUUUUUUUUUUAUAUAUAUUGUUCCACUGAGGCAGAUAUCUGGUGAUGUGGUCCUGUUACUUGCAUUGAUGUUCAAGAACACGUAACAUUGCGCCUCACUGAUUCUUUUUUUUUUUUUUUUUUUUUUUUUUUUUUUUUUUUUUAAAAAGCGUACCGCCAGUGCUAUCAGUGAACACCUGAAACGCCUCAGUCUCUCUACAUGUUCACCGUCCUCCAAUAUCCUCAUUUCCGUUCGUUGGUUUUGUGUGUGUGCUAUCAAACAUGAUAAUUUUGGGUCUCAAAAAAAUCGAGACGUGAAUAUCUUUGUCCCUUUUAGUUGCUUUGCUAUCUGCUCUUGUUAGGCCUGUUUCUUUAACCUGAUUUUUACCAUUUUGUGUAAUCCAUUCAUGCCAUGGUCAAUCCCUCAAUCCUCCCGUUUAUCUCUCUUUACUGCCACUUCCUCUCGACUCAGGCAAUUCACUUUAACUGUAUAUUUUCCUAACUUCUCUACUUGUUUGGUUCUCACUCUCUUUCACUUUUGCUCGACCACUGUUAUCUCAUCUUGUGUUGUGCCAUCCGUUGCAUUCUGCCACAAGGCCAGGUGUAAAGCUUAAUUUACUACUGUAAAGCCUGCUCUGACCUAAUGAAACAAACAUGGUGGCGAGUUCGUCUGUUUGUUCUCUUUGUAAACGCAAGAGGUCUAAUUUUUAAUUUCAUCUACAAUAGCAGCUGCUGUCAACAUGCGUGCUCGCAAAGCAAAUAUGUGUUUUCCCCCUCCCUGUUGAAUAUGUCAUGUUUUAAAAAUUGAAUGGAUUGACAAGCACUUCUUGUAGAUAACUGGUGCAGCUACUCAUUGCUUUUUUUAUUUUUUUUAUUUUUAUGAAAACCUACUUUUGCCUUGAGGCAAAGGUCAAUUUUAAUUACUUUUAUCAAGCAAGAGUAAAUGGGUGAACUGGGGAGGACCAUCUUAAUGUUCUCCUUUUUAUUCCUCACAUCUAAGUCUAUGAAUUUUGUUUUGUCUUCUGGUUGUUUUUAAUUGAAAGCAACUGGUUAUAUUGGAUUGAUGGUGUUGUAGUAAAAAGAUUUUGUAAAGUGUGAAUAAAUAAUGUAUCAUGUUUCCUAUCUCUGACAUGAUUUGUGUUGAUGUGUGUUAUGAUUAUCUAAUUGUUUUUGGUUUGUUUAUUUUUGGUCAUUUUUAUUUUGUAAUACUCAAAACCAAAUUUUUUGUAAUGAUGUUGGCACACUGAAUUAUAGAUUUAUAUUGUUGCUAACCUUCACUUCAAGAUACUUUUAAGAAAAAAAAAAAUACAUCAAAGAGAAAUAAAGAGCUGUCAUUUGUCACCAAACAAGAUUUUCUUCAACUUUGACCCUAAGCUUUGUGGCAUUUCACCUGGUUGGAGAGCCAGUUUAGUUGCUUACAAAUGUGUUUGGUUUGUGGGAUGCAUAGCGGACAAUUCCUUAUCCUGUUUUUCCUACUUUCUUAGGUGUUUUCUUGUCUCCAGAAGAAAGUAAGGUUUUGGGUUGGAGAGAGUCGUUCAUAUUAGUGUUCUUGUUUGUGCACUCUCUCUGUCUUUGACUCAUUGCUCUCUGAAAGCCAGUCACUUUUAAUAAAUAAAUUGUGCAUGUUUAUAUAUUGUUGCCAUUGCCAUAUUGUUUAGGGAUCUUUUUAAUUUCCUUUGGGUCAAAGACAAUGCUGUCAGGUGGUGUCUUGUGCACGACAAGCAAAAAUAGCAUAAUGCUAAUCAUGUCAAUGUACUCAACUUGGCAAUAAUGACUUUCACUACUGUUGUUUUGUUUUUUCCCCAUUUCAAAAUGACUGGGCAGAUAUUUCUGGUGUUUACCAUUAGAGAAUGUUCUUUCAUUUCCUUUUUCUGUUUCAUAGGCAACUUUUCUCUGUCAGUAGGGGUAGUAGUUCAAUGUUCAGGAUUGUGGUUGAAUCAGCUGAGAGUCAUUAAGUAUUUAGGUAAUGACACUCACUAUAUGAUGCACUGGACCAAACCUGUUUACCAUUUAAGGAAUACCAGCAUAACACUUGCACAAUGUUUUAAAAAGAAUGUUGCAUAUAUAUAUAUAUAUAUAUAUAUAUAUAUAUAUAUAUAUAUAUAUAUAUUAGAAAAGAAUAUAGAUAUAAAAAAAAAUCAAAUAAUGGCAGCUGUUUUUAAUUAAAUAUAAAAGCGUUGGGGGAUAAAAGCCUAAUGGUAAACAAGGCACUUUGGAUUUCACUGUUUCUCCAGUUCUCUGAGUAGUGAUGUGUUUAUAACAGGGUCUGCUUGUUUCCUUUACACCUAUGUAUUUUUUCCUACUCAUGGUUAAAUAAAUUCUAUAUCUGUUUCA